UCCUCCUCCUCCUCCUCCUCCUUGCGGACGCUCGCUGCUGCACGACACCGAUGCCAUGGAAGAGCGCUCGCGACCGCUCUCCGUGACCCGCUCGAUCCGUCUCUCGAGAAGCGCCACUCUCUCUCUACCCAAUCUCUUGGCCCUCGUCGUCGUCGUCCUCGCUUCGUUCCUCGGCAACGCCCAGUCCAUCAGGUUUCCGAACCGGAUCCCCGACCCGGCCGCCGGCUCUGCGGGCCAGCCCUUGAGGACCGCGGUCUUCGCUCUCGGAAGCUUCUGGAGAUCCGAAGCCGUCUUCGGCUGCCUCGACGGCGUAGUCCGGACCGCCGUCGGUUACGCCGGCGGUUCCAAGCCCAAUCCCGAGUACCGGAGCUUGCGCGAUCACGCUGAAUGCGUUCAGGUGGAAUAUGACCCUAGAUUGAUUAGUUACAGGCAACUUUUGGAUGUCUUUUGGUCUAGUCAUGAUUCGAGGCAAGUUCUUGGGCAAGGUCCAGAUGUUGGUAGCCAGUACAGGUCAAUUAUCUUCACAAAUGGAACUGAAGAAUCCAGGCUAGCAGCCCUCAGCAAGGAAAGAGAGCAAACCAAGUCCAAGAGCAGUGUUGUCACUACUCAAAUUCAACAUCUUGAAACGUUUUAUCCUGCAGAGCCUGAACAUCAGAAAUUCGAGCUCAAGCGGCAUCCCCUCCUCCUCCAGCUGAUGGGAAACCUGCCUGAAGAAGAACUUCAGAAAUCACGUUUGGCUGCGAAAAUGAACAGUUUUGCAGCCGAGCUUUGCCCGCCUCACAUUCAGAGGCAGAUUGACGCGAAGAUCGGUGAUAUCAUCAGAAAAACUUGGCCUGUCUUGCGAGACGUGUAGUUCCGAGUUUAAAGAUUGUAGCUAUUAUUUUGAAUGACGGCAAUUCACCAUUCCGCGCCUGGAGCUGUAAAUCCAACUUUUUUGAGAGGAAAUCAGAUGAUAUUUGAUGACAUGUAACUGUAAUUGUCCUGUAGAUGUCACCAUCUUUUUUGGUACCUGCCAUAUGUUUAUCUGAUCCCAUGUAGUUCUUAUGUGGCACUUCUGGCAAA